UCAUUUUCUGAAGUGAUUUUAAUGCUAAUGCUAGUUCCUUAUCAAAGAAUACAUUAUUUUGAAGGCUGUACUCCAGAAUUAGGUUAACAAUGUUUAACAACUUUUUAAGGGCAGCUAGUAUGUGUAUAAAAUUGUGAAGUUUCAUUUUUUUCUAUUUUAAAAAAAUGUAAAAGGAGCUUAAUUGCUCUUGUUUGUAAGAAACAGAUUAUUUUCAGAAUUAUUUACAAUGUGAUCAUGCAAUUGUUGGAUAUUCAAAAAUGAAAAAUAUAGUACCCUAAACAUAAAAGAUAAUUAUUAACUUAAAAGGUACACUUUUACAAAAUAUAAGUUCAGUAAGAAAUCAUUGUGGCAUAAGUGUUUGGAUCGUGGAGAUAACGAAUUAUUUUUUCAGACACAUUAAUUAUAUUCAAGUCUUCUGAUCACAUCUUAAACUAUAGUUAUCCAUUCAAAAUUAAAGUAUGAUUUGAUUUCUAACAUGAAAGAAUAUGUUAAAGUGUACAUAUUAAGCAAGAAAUAAUUGCCUGAGGACCGUGGUUUAUUCUUACAAUCAGAUUUAAAGGACUAAAUGAUGCAGUUAUUGGUCAAAUUUAGACAUAACUUUAGCUUAGUGCCAUGGGUAAAAGUUACUUAUUGCUAGCAGGCAUGCAUUCAGGUAGUCCCCACUUAGUGACUACUCAUUCAGUAACCAUAAGUUGUGACAUCACUAAAUGAGUGGUACUUAGGACUAGUCCUCAAAGUUUCAGCCUUCACUUCACCCUGAUCAUAUGAUCACGACCAUAUUUAAUGUGAGCACCAUUUGCAACUUUACCCUCCUGCUUCCCACAAGCAAAGUCAAUGUGGAAGUCAGCAAGGCAUGCAUUCAGGUAGUCCCCACUUAGUGACUACUCAUUGAGUAACCAUAAGUUGUGACAUCACUGAAUGAGGUAAGGUAAGGUAAGGUAAAAAUGCACUCUAGUAAGCCUCCCUCCCCCCAUCUGGCAGCAUCCACUGUCAACCCCAAAAUUGUUUGUGCAUGCCACUGCAUUUGCCUCUCAUCUAGCAGGACCCACUUACCUGCCUUCUAACCUGCUUGUGAACAGUCUGGGAAUUGAAUUUCCUGACAGCUUCCUCACUGACAUAGUUGUUGGAAGCCAGCCAGACAUUGUGAGUGGGUCCUCACUUAAUGACCAGUGAACCUUGCUUAAGAAUAUCAUUGGGCACUGCCAGGACUACUGUUUGCUAAGUGAUGCUCUCACAUGGCAUUGCACUUUACAGUCACAUCAUUUAGUGACAAAAACUCUGGUCCCAAUUACCAUUAAGUGAGGACUAUCUGUAAACUUCUAUUUGGAACAGUACUUACUAAAAACUCAUUCAGAGGGAAAAAAAAGAUGAUAUUGCCCCAUAACUGAAUUAUUCAGCCAAAACUAGCCUUAGUAUAUUUUUUAGUGUGGUUUCUUUGUAUUCUGUAUCAGUGAACAUAAAAAGAAUGGUAAGAUAUUUUUUCCCCAAGGGAGUUUUUUCCAUAAUUAUUUCAUGCAAUCCUAAAACAAAAACUACAAAAACAAAAAUUGCUAUCAUUCUUGCAUUUUCUGUCUUUUUCAUACUAAAAAGGGCUUUGUUAUACUAUUUUAUUCUGUUAUAAAGUUUUCCACCAGUAGUUAUUUCUGUGCUAGGACUUGCUCUUUUUGAAUUCUGUCUUAGACAAAUAUGUUGGCUUUUAUUUUAAACUAACCAGUAUAAUUGAAAAACACAGGUGAAGCCUACUUUUAGAAAAUUCUGUGUCGCCUCUUCUUAGUGUUGCUCAAUGUUCCAAUUUCCAUCACCAUUGUUGAUGGCUGCCGAGUACUGGAGCGAUGCUGGAUUCAUAUAUUUAUCUAAGAUAAAGAAUACAAAGCAGUGUGCAGGGUGAAAAAGAGCAAAAUCCAUAUGUCAGUAAUCUAGGAUGGCCAGUGAAGGCUCCAAUAUCCCAAGCCCUGUCGUGCGUCAGAUUGACAAACAGUUUCUGAUCUGCAGCAUAUGCUUGGACCGUUACAAGAAUCCCAAAGUGCUCCCAUGCCUGCAUACCUUUUGUGAGAGGUGUUUACAGAAUUACAUUCCAGCUCAUAGCUUAACCCUUUCUUGCCCAGUGUGCCGCCAGACAUCUAUUCUUCCAGAGAAGGGGGUUUCUGCACUGCAAAACAAUUUCUUCAUCACCAACCUGAUGGAUGUCCUGCAGCGAACUCCAGACAGCAGUAUUGAGGAGGCUGCCAUCUUGGAGACUGUCACAGCUGUAGCUUCAGGGAAACCACUUUCCUGCCCCAAUCAUGAGGGAAAUCUGAUGGAGUUUUACUGUCAAUCCUGUGAGACAGCCAUGUGCCAGGAAUGUACAGUAGGAGAACAUGCAGAACAUCCAACAGUCCCUCUUAAGGAUGUAGUAGAACAACACAAGGCUUCUCUUCAAACACAGUUAGAUGCUGUGAACAAAAGGCUUCCAGAGAUAGAUACUGCAUUGCACUUCAUAUCUGAAAUUAUCCAUCAACUGACCAACCAAAAGACCAGCAUUGUAGAUGAAAUUCAUUCCACUUUUGAUGAACUCCAGAAGACAUUAAAUGUUCGCAAGAGCGUGUUGCUUAUGGAACUGGAAGUGAAUUAUGGCCUUAAACAUAAAGUCUUGCAGAAUCAGCUUGAUACUUUAUUGGAGGGACAAGAAAACAUUAAGAGCUGUAGCAAUUUUACCACCCAAGCACUCAGUCAUGGAACUGAAACAGAAGUGUUACUUGUCAAAAAGCAGAUGAGUGACAAGCUAAAUGAACUGACAGACCAGGAAUUCCCUCUUCAGCCCCGUGAAAAUGAUCAGCUGGAUUUCAUAGUAGAAACAGAAGGAUUGAAAAAAUCCAUUCAUAAUCUUGGUACUAUUUUAACCACAAAUGCAGUGGCUUCUGAAACAGUGGCCACAGGUGAAGGACUUAAGCAGACUGUGAUAGGGCAGCCAAUGUCAGUCACCAUCACAACCAAGGACAAAGAUGGUGAGCUCUGUAAAACUGGAAAUGCUUAUCUCACAGCUGAGCUGAGCACACCUGAUGGAAGUGUGGCAGAUGGAGAGAUACUGGACAAUAAGAAUGGCACUUAUGAAUUUCUGUACACUGUCCAGAAAGAAGGGGACUUUAUUCUGUCUUUGAGACUGUACGAGCAACAUAUUAAAGGCAGCCCAUUCAAACUCAAAGUAAUUAGGUCAGCAGAUGUAUCUCCUACUACUGAAGGAGUUAAGAGACGUGUUAAGUCUCCUGGCAGUGGCCAUGUGAAACAGAAAGCUGUAAAGAGACCAGCUAGUAUGUACAGCACUGGCAAAAGGAAAGAGAACCCCAUUGAAGAUGAUCUAAUCUUCCGAGUAGGUACCAAAGGGAGAAACAAAGGGGAAUUUACAAACCUUCAGGGAGUAGCUGCAUCUACAAAUGGAAAAAUAUUAAUUGCAGAUAGCAAUAACCAGUGUGUACAGAUAUUUUCCACCGAUGGCCAGUUCAAGAAUCGUUUUGGUGUACGGGGAAGAUCUCCUGGUCAGUUACAGCGGCCUACUGGAGUAGCUGUGCAUCCUUGUGGUGAUAUCAUUAUUGCAGAUUACGAUAACAAAUGGGUUAGCAUAUUCUCCUCUGAUGGAAAAUUUAAGGCAAAAAUUGGAUCAGGAAAACUUAUGGGGCCAAAAGGUGUUUCUGUGGAUCGCAAUGGACAUAUUAUUGUAGUGGACAACAAAGCAUGCUGUGUAUUUAUCUUCCAGCCAAAUGGGAAAAUAGUAACCCGAUUUGGAAGCCGAGGCAAUGGAGAUAAACAGUUUGCAGGCCCUCAUUUUGCAGCUGUCAACCACAAUAAUGAAAUUAUUAUUACUGAUUUCCACAAUCAUUCUGUCAAGGUAUUCAACCAGGAAGGUGAAUUCUUGCUGAAGUUUGGAUCUAAUGGAGAAGGAAAUGGACAGUUCAAUGCUCCAACAGGAGUUGCUGUAGAUUCUAAUGGGAAUAUUAUUGUAGCAGAUUGGGGAAAUAGUCGGAUACAGGUUUUUGAUGGAAGUGGAUCCUUUUUAUCUUACAUAAAUACAUCUGCUGAUCCACUUUAUGGCCCUCAAGGUUUGGCUCUUACUUCGGAUGGUCAUGUUGUAGUUGCAGACUCUGGGAAUCACUGCUUCAAAGUCUACAGAUAUUUACAGUAAUAGUUGGAAUUGGAUCUUGUUUAAAAAUUACUAGCUGCUGCUAGAGGCCAGUGUAGAUAAUAUUCUGCUUCCUAAUAUUUCUUCUGUUUCCUAAAUAUUUAAAAUUUAAAACUGCAGGAUCUUCAGUAUGUUCAUUCCUUUAUUUUAUUCUAGACCUACUUUGUUUACAUAGAACUUGCAUAGAAUUUAUAUGCUCUGCACUGAAUUUAUCACAAGGAUUAAUAAAUGAGACCCUAUUUCACCCUAUACCCCUCUAAUUAAAAACCUCACAAAGCCUAUAUGUAUGUAAUUGGAUGUACACAUGAAAUAGGGAAUGGACUCAAGAAGGUACUUGAUUCAGAAGAAUUUAUUUCAGUAUGAAUGGGAGAAGUUGUUUAAAUUUUCAUACUUGAAAAUUCUUACUAGUAAUAAUAUUCGUUCCAGCAGGAUGUCUGGGAAUCUUCUAGAUCACAUUGUUAUUGUAGGCAUUUUACUUAUAUAACAUUAUUCAGAUUUACUUAGUAAGUAGUUUAUUUUAGUUAAAAAAAUGUGAGUAAUUCUUUCUGUGUUAAUUGGCAGACCUAACAACUUAAUUUUUAGCAUUAUAAGAAUAAACAUGUUUUCUGUGGUGCGUGGAUCGAUGUACAUAUCUAGCAACUUUUUUACUAUUCAAUAUAUUGUCGAGAUUUUCUUGAAACCUGAAACUUUACUUUGGAAAUGUAGGAUAAUGUAACUACUGAUAUUUCAUAGAAUCAAGUUCCAAUUAACAUCAGGCUAAUUCAUUAAAAAUUGAUACCAGUUUAGCUAAUUUGACAAUUGAUAUUUAUACUUCAUAUAUGUCCCUACAGUGGUUAUGAAAAAAGUCAGUUUUAUUCAGUUGCUUGUUUUUGCACAGGAAAACAAGUCUUACGUAUAUCCUAUUAGAAGUCUUGUAUAACCAAAGGAAGUUUGGGUAGGUGACAGAUUUUGAGGUGGAAGUUGAGAGUUACCAAAGCAGGGUAUGUUUUUUUUUUUAAUUUCAAAAAUUUUAUUGUCUCUUAUAACUAUAUAUAAAUGGGGGAUAUUGAAGAUACUUAAUUAGUGUGAGGCAACAUUGAGUUUCCAAAAAAAGCUCAUAAUUUUCUUCAUUACAAAUGUGGAUACUGUAAACAUUUAAAAAAAACCCAAUUUUAACUAGGCAAUUUUGAUGUACAUGCUUUCUUGGUGUCCUUUCUUGAAAUCUGAAGUUUUAGUUUUAGUGAAAGUUUCUUCUCUUAUGCCUGCUUCUUGGUACAGGUCUUGUGAUUUCCCUUAAUUGGGUUUUACAUCAGAGUACAAACUAUGUUUCAUUUUUAUUUCCAACAGCAACAUAAUUUUGAAUAACAUUGUAUAAUGUUUAGACCAAGUAAGAAUAAAACUGCAAUCAACAGCAAAUGAUGUUUGGCACCAACUUUAUGCAACCAUGCACUUCUUAGAGUAUUGUCAACAUCUGAAAUAAUAUUGCAUUUUCUAUUUCAAUCAUGGUGUUCUCUAAAUAUUUUUCAGUUGAACUAUUGGAAUUUUACCCAAAAUACUGAAAUAACAGACCUAAUUGGAAGAACAUAAAAUAAAUUAUGUAGUUAAUACUGCUGCUAGUUAAUUGCCUAUGUUUUGGAAUAUAAUACUAUUAAAUUGAAAAGAAAGAAAAUGAUUCAGUCCUUUUCUAAACUAAUGAUAAAUAUUGUUUUAAUACUUAGCUAAUAAUUUCAAAUGAUGUUAGAAAACAAUUGUCUUAAAAAGAAUAUGCCAAGAAUCUAAUUUAAGAGUUCCUGGAUAGACAAAGAAAUGUCUGCAAAGGCAAUACACAUUAGACAUUAUUUGUCCUAAACACUGAACCAAUUUGAAAACUGUUUGAAUUGUAAGGGGGAACUGGAUUUCCUAUUCAUGAUUUUGUCAAUAUUUAUUAAACCUAUAAACAGUAACAUUGUAAUUGUUACUGAGUUUCUGGUAUAAAAUGGCAUUUACAAAUUUUUCCAAAUGUUAUUGUUACAGACUUGAUUCAAGGCACAUUGUCAUACCAAUCUGGCUUAAAGUUUGAGAUGCUAAACUUUUGUAAAGAUUUGUAAAGUCAUGUGAUCAGUACAAAUAUUUGCUUGAUUUUUUAAAACGGAUACCAAGCCAAAUCCUAUAGUAACCUAAAUGGAAAUAUUUCUAGUAAAAAUCUGGGAUAUUUAUAUUCAUUUUAAUGAAACUUACUGUAGUUCCCAGUUUAUUAUAUAAAGGAUAGAAUAGAGGCUAAAUUGUCCUAAAUUGAUACAUAUAUAGUAUUUGAUGCAUGCAGGCAUGUCCAUGCAUUCCUUAAAACACUUUCCUAAAAUAGUUCCCGAGUUCUAAUAAAACUUAACUUAGUAAUGCUUUUAUUCAAAUUUGAAUUAUUGCUUCUUUCCUUUGCAACUAAGCUAUCAUUUUAAGGCAAUGUGGCCUUUCCUUUGAUAUUUUUUUGAUUAUGCAUGUUACUGUAAAUUGACUGCUGCUAGAGAUCUGUUGAAUACUUCUCUUGAUCUUAGCUAAAAGGUGAAGAAGUGAAGAGGCCUGCUGAAUUCUAGAUUCUUACUAGAAGUUGAAAGUAUAGAAUCAUUAGACCGCUGAAAUAAGGUUAGGUGAGUCUACUCUGUCACUGAGUAUUUGAAAAAUGCCUAGUCAAAAUUGGAUUGUUUCUUGUUCAUCAAUUUUCCAAAGCUCACUAGUAAAGCAUUUAUGUCCUGUAGGCAGUAACUGAUUAGAUAUUACUGUAAAACUUGCAAUAUUGCAGAACUGCAUGUACAAGAAACCAAUUUGGAUCCAGAUAAACAUUUUUCAGAAUGUAGGCAUUUAUUCUUCUAAAUUAAUAUUCAAGCGUAGUAUGUGUAGAUUCAGUCCAAAUCUGUGACUCUGCCAAACUACAGUUACUUUUUAAGGUAUAUCUGCACUGCAAAUGUGAACUGAGUUAACAGACUCUGGGAGGCUGAAUUGUUUUAGUUUAUAUUUGCAGAACAGACAUCCCUCUUGUAUCAAGUUGUGCUUAUAGCUGCAGUAAUGAGCAAUGCAUAUGGGUUUAUUCCAUGUAAACACUUGCUUGAUACAAGUUUUUUUUUAAUGUUAAUUAAUUUUUGGAUAAACUUGCAAAGUGUAUAUUGAAAGAUUUUUAACUGUAAAAAGCUGUUAAAAUUAGUUAAGUUUUUACACUGAUUUAAAGUUUCAGCAAUGUUAUGAGAAAAUGUUCUCCAUUAUUGUUGACCUUUGUAAACAUUACAGGGCUUUCAACUUUACAGCUACUUUUUCUUUGAUAUAACUGAGGAUUUAGCAUUGCCAUAUGAAAAAAGUGCCCAUUAAGUUUUGCCUGUUGUGUGAAGAAAUGAUAGCAAAGAACAAAAUGAUGCUAUCCAUUGAAAAUGCUGUUAAACUGUGAGCAGUGAUUAAAAACGUGUCCUGAAGAAUGUAUGAAAGGUACUCUUUUUUCUGACAGUGUAGAAUGAUUCCUAAUUGUUGAUAGCUCCUAAUGAAUAUACAGCAUUGCAAUGGAUGUGUGCACAGCCUUAACCUUAAAAGCUUGCUUUUUUUCCCUUUAUGACAUGGGAAUGAUACAUGAUAAGUAGCAUAUACUCUUAUAUCCCAGUGCUUGUAAUUGAACUGUUUCACACAUUGUGUUCUUCGGGUUCUUAAAAUAAAUUAUAAUUUGUUGCUUUGUACAUUCCAGCUUUGUAUGUCAGUUUCAUCCCUAUUUCAUUUUUAGGUACAUAAAGAUAUUAAGCCUCAUGUUCUGUGGAAAUAAUACUGAAAUUGUAAAACUUCUUUUAUUUGUUAUGCUCCCUCAUAGUUUUAAUAGAUGUAUAAUCUCUGUCUUGUUAAGGCUGAGGAUGAAAGCUGUUAACUGAAGAAUGUCUGUAUGUAGAUUUAACUUCAUGUGUGCCAUGGUAUUUUUUAUGGUUUAU